AUGUGUGAAGGUAUUAGGACCAAUUUGAUGGUUAAGUACAAUGAGAAAAGAAUAGGGGGGCAAAAUGCUAGGUGGGAGAUAACUCCAACAUACUCAGAGAAGUUGGAGGAGUCAAAGAAGUGGGCUAGGAACUGCAAGGCACAAAUGGCUGGUCCAGAUCUUUAUCAGGUUCAGAGUGGGGAAAAUGCUUAUGCUGUAAAUUUGGCACAAAUGACUUGUGGGUGUAGAAGAUGGGACAUGAAAGCAAUCCCCUGCCACCAUGUUGUGUCUGCCAUAUAUAAAUCAAAGCAGCAUCCAGAGGAUUUUGUCUCUCCAUUUUUCAAGAAAGAAAUGUACAUGGCAACAGACAAUCCUAUUAUAUUCCCAGUUCCUGGCCCUGAUCUUUGGACCAAGACACCUACCAGAGAUAUUGACCCCCCCAGUUUUCAAGAGGAAGAAGGGGAGAAAGCAGACCAAGAGAAGAAAGGAGAGGGUCAUAGGUACACCAACUGUGGAGAUGCACUUAACCCAUCACUUCCAAUGAGAAAGAACAAACAUCAGCCCAACAAGAAGAACCAAGCAACUGCUUCUGUUGCUGCUUGUUCUACUGCUACUAAGCCACCAGCUGCACCAAAGCCCCCAAGAUCUACAACUACUUCUACUAGGAACACAAGGCAAGCAGCUCCCACACCCAAGAACAGAAGUCAAUCAACAAGUGCUGCCAGGACAAGCAGAUCAACUCCCACUACAAGAGCUGCUGGUAGGGCACCUUAUGCUGCUCCAAGAGCUUCUGCAAGUCAUGUUGCUGCUGGUCCUUCACAUGGACAGAAGAGGAAGAGGAAGCCUACCAAGUGGGAUGAUUAUUUCACAGCAAGUGAAAAUCAAUGA